AUGGCUACUGAUAACAUUAAUGUCUCUCCCUAUCUUAACUUUCUCGCCGGCCUCUUCUUCAUUCUGUUACUUAUCUCUGAUACCACUGUGGCUGACAUGAAACAUAGCUUCCCACCUCUUACCUCCUUUAGAGAUGGAGCCAUGAAGAGAAACACCAUGGGAUUUUCUUCAAGAAAACAUGGCGUUGGCAAGUCAAAGACCGAUUCGACAUGCGAAAGUGUAUCGACAGCCAUCCAUGAUGUCCGUUCAUCGGGUCCAAGGAGGGGUAGGUUCCAAUUCCAAGCUAGCAGAUCGCCAUUGCCGUGGCAAGAAAAGACCUUCUAUGCCGGUGAACAUGAAGUUCCAAGUGGUCCAAAUCCCAUUUCGAAUAGGUAA